AGUUCCGGCCGCCCCAGGCUUGGCACUUCCUUUCCCGGCCGCCAUCUUGGGGAGCAGCAGCAUGCCGCCCAAAGACGACAAGAAGAAGAAGGACGCGGGCAAGUCCGCCAAAAAGGACAAGGACCCCGUGAACAAAUCUGGUGGCAAAGCCAAGAAGAAGAAGUGGUCCAAGGGGAAGGUGCGGGACAAGUUGAACAACCUCGUGCUGUUCGACAAAGCCACCUACGAGAAACUCUGCAAGGAGGUGCCCAACUAUAAGCUCAUUACGCCAGCAGUGGUCUCAGAGAGACUGAAGAUCCGAGGUUCCCUGGCAAGGGCUGCACUCCAGGAGCUGCUCAGCAAAGGUUUGAUCAAGCUGGUGUCCAAGCACCGAGCCCAGGUGAUCUACACCCGGAACACAAAGGGCGGGGAUGCGCCUGCUGCCGGGGAGGACGCGUAGGGAGGUUCUCCCGUGGCCUCACCAACACUGUGUCAUAUCUGGGUGCACAAUAAAAUGAUUGGAAUAGUU